AAUAAACGAAGAAGAAGCAGCGGAAGACGACGCUGCCACUGUCGACGAGUUAGCCAGCUAGCAUGGAGGUGUUUGUUUGUGCCCCGGGUGGAUCGAAGUUUUCCAACUUUGUGUUUCCAGAAGGUUCUGUGGUUCGGGAUAUCCCCCUACGGUUCGGCCAACAACGGGUGGUAUCGCCACAUGACCUGUACGUCAACAAAGAUGGCCGUCGGGCCUGCCUGGAUGAUGACCUGCAAGGCGGGGCUAUCUAUCACCUCGUGCCCCGUCUCCCUGGAGGGAAGGGAGGGUUCGGUUCAAUGCUGCGAGCUCUCGGUGCUCAGAUCGAGAAGACGACCAAUCGCGAAGCCUGCAGAGAUCUGAGUGGACGACGCCUGCGAGAUGUCAAUCACGAGAAAGAGAUGGCGGAUUGGCUAAAGCAGCAGACGGAACGCGAGGCGGAGAAGGAGCAGCGGCGUCUGGAGCGUCUGCAGCGGAAGCUCAUGGAACCCAAACACCAGUUCAGCGAUGCCUCGUACCAGCAGCAGUGUCAUGACCUGUCCGAACGACUCGAGGAUUCGGUUCUCAAAGGUCUGCAGGCAGCAUCCGGCUCCCAAGUGACCGCCCGCUUGUCCCCUAAGAGACACGCCUCCGGUCAAAGUGAGCCGCCAAUCAAGAAGCUGAAAAAGAUGGGGGCGUGUUUUUGGAGUGGCGUUGGCGAGCUGAGCUCAGAGGAUGACGACGAUUCGCCAUCCACAUCCUGUGCAGCUGCUGUUACCAUGACAACGCAGAGGGUGGAGCCUGGGCCAAGCAGCAGCAUGGCGGCCACGCAGCCUCAGGAGGAUGUGGCGGUUCAGAAGGCCACGCCCCCCGAAGAGGUAGACGUCCAGGAGGCCACACCUCAUCAGGAGGAAGUCGAGGUUCAGAAGGAUACGCCCACCCAGGAAGAUGCAGCAAUCCAGGAAGACACACCUCCCCAGCAGGAAGUCGAGGUCCAGAAGGAUACACCCACCCAGGAGGACACACCUCCCCAGCAGGAAGUCGAGGUCCAGAAGGAUACGCCCACCCAGGAAGAUGUCACGGUCCAGGAGGACACACCUCCCCAGCAGGAAGUCAAGUUUCAGAAGGAUACGCCCACCCAGCAGGACACACCUCCUCAGCAGGAAGUCGAGGUCCAGGAGGCCACGCCCCAUCAAGUGGAUGCGGGGGCGGUGUCCAGCUGCUCAUCUGAGCUACAGCGUGGUGGCGGUGAUGGCGUCACGACAGUCAGCGUGUCAUCUGCCAAGAGCGUUCAAGAGUUGGAACGUUUGGGUCUGGAUGUUCUCAAGCAGGAACUGAUGAGUCGUGGAGUGAAGUGCGGAGGAACGCUGAGCGAACGCGCAGCCCGCCUCUUCGCCGUAAGAAACCUGCAGAUGGACCAGAUCAACCCGGCGCUGCUCGCCAAGCCCACUAAGUCCAAGAGGAAAUGAAGACAAAGGUCCAACAAAAAGGGAACUUCCUGUUUGUUUGGUUUUUUUAAAUUACUUUUUUGGUCCUUCUGGCUCAAAAGCCAGGGUCCCAGGUCGUGACCUGUGGCUCGUCCAUCUCCUCAAAACAUUCGAUGACAUCGCCGACAAGGAACGUUAUGUCCGAAUCAGCUGACAGACCGCACUCCAUUCCCGCCCUCACGGUGUUCACAUCAUCUUUGUGGUGCUUCAAUGCUAUGAGAGAACCUUUCACAAGGAACGCAUCAAUUUUCAAUAAACUUAUUGACAAACCGUGAAGGUGUUUAUUUUGAAGGACGCUCGACUCACCUUCCCAUAGUGUAUCUCGACCUCGAAUCAGACGGAACUUGAGCUUGCGAUCAAGCUGACCUUUCUGCACACGACAGCCGGCGACCGCCAUCUUCUUCUUGCCUACCGUCACAUCGAACAUAGCCAGGACCGUCGCUUCACCUGGUAGGCGGACCCAAAAGGUCAAAGUUCGAGUUGAUGACACAAAUGUUCCCGUCCUGACGCGAUGACUCACCCACAGUGUUGUGACGUACGAUCGGCGGCAACUUGCUAUUUAGCUCCGCCUUCAUCUCAUCGAUCAGCUUGUAAAUGACGGUGUGAAGCCUCAGCGGGACGCCUCGUUUCGCCGCCGCCUGCUGAAUGGACCUGCUCGCCGCCACGUUGAAACCGUAGACGCUGCCUGAGGACGAGCGACGUCACUAAAACUGUCACAGGCCGUCUGUGAUGUCACAGAUUUAUACCUCCGAAGGUGUCUGCCAUGUUGAGGUCGUUUUCGGAGACGUCGCCGAUGCCGAAGUGAACGACCUCGAGUUGACAUUGAUCCUGAGCGUCGUAGGUUUCCAAAAUGUUCAAAAUGGCUUCCACAGAGCCGUCAACAUCAGCUGGCAAAACCGGGAAUAUCGAUAAAUUUUGAUACAUUAAGAUGGCCGACGUGAUGGAGGCGGAGCAUGUGUACCUUUGAUGAUGAGCGGCAGGCUGAGGUUGUCGUCAAACGUCUUUUCGCUCGCCCUCGCAGCGAAAUUGGCUUUGUUCUUUUGGUACCGAUGCCACUUCCUCUGGCGCCAAUUGAGCCUCUGCGUCUCCUCCUCGUGGGUCCUCCAGUCCACCACUUCCCUCGCUCGUUGCUGCGGACAAAAACCACAACGUCAUCGCCUGUCUCGGGCGGCAAGAAGGGGCGUGGCCUCCUGACCUCAGAUUCCACCUCCAGGAUGGUGUCGCCGGCAGACGGGAGCUCCUUCCAACCGAUCACCUCCACCGCCAUGCUAGGCCCCGCCUCUGUCACCGCUCUGCCUUUCUCGUCGAACAGGAAGCGCACCUUCGCCCAAGUCUUUCCUGCGACGAGGAUACACCCUCGCUUUAGCGACCCCCGCUGGACAAUGGCUGUCGUGACGGCACUGAUAAGAAAGAACAGGAAGUGGAAAUCAGAAACGUUGUGUUUCCUUACAUUUAGCAACUCACCCUUUGCCUUUGUCCGUGCGACUCUCGAUGACCACGCCCUCCACCGCGCCAUCAGGCUCCGCCUUCAGCUCCAACACCUCCGCUAGCGCCACCGUGGCCUCGACCAGAGCCAGGAGGUUAUCACCCUGGCGACGGUAACGACGACAUCAACGCCUUCUGACAACCGAUGACCGUCACAAAUCGUUAAUACCUUGAGGGCGGAGACGUGAAUGGCUUGAACGUCUCCUCCGAACUCCUCGCAGACGACAUUGUGAGCGAGGAGUUCCUGUUUGACUCUCUGAGGGUCGGCUUGACGUUUGUCGCAUUUGUUGACCGCCACGAUGAUGGGAACUGGAACGCACGACGACGUUGACACCGCUAACCCAACGCAACACAUCAACUUCCUGCCUCGUGCUUACCGCCGGCUUGCUUGGCAUGCUGGAUGGAUUCGACGGUCUGAGUCAUGACGCCAUCAUCCGCCGCCACGACGAGGAUAACGAUGUCUGUGGCGUUGGCUCCACGCGCCCUCAUGGCGGAGAACGCGGCGUGACCGGGCGUAUCCAGGAACGUGAUCGUCUCACCUGUCGGCAACUCAACUGCGAGAGAUCACAAACGCCGCUGUGGUUUCUUGAACGUGGCGUUGUCGGCGGCGCCAACGGUGAUACUGUACCUCGGAACGCUCCGAUGUGCUGGGUGAUGCCGCCGGCCUCCGUGGCGGCAAUCUGGCUCUUCCUCAGACUGUCCAGCAACGUGGUUUUUCCGUGGUCAACGUGACCCAUGAUGGUGACCACCGGGGAACGUUGAACCAUCCUGCUCAGGUCCGCUGGCGGUCUAUGGGGGGUCAUAGGUCAGUGUAUCUUAGUGGCAUCGAACUCGCUGGACACUUCAUUAGGAAGUACCUUCGCACGGCGUCUCGGUUCUCUCUCUUUUCAUUCUCGCUCAGUUUGGCCCAUCGGAACUUCAUUCCUGACAGCUUCACCACCUCUUUGAUCCACCUCUCAUCCAGAACCGAGUCCGGUUCCAGAGCGUUCGCAUUCAGCGGCGUGUUCAGCAGCGCUUCCACAACAUGGUCUGGGAACACCACGAACAUACAAGAGAACAUGGAAGCAUAUUUUGGUUGAAAGCGGAAUUCUGCUACUCUUGGUUGAGCUUUGAUUUUUAUUGUCAUUAACCACAUGGACCCAAAUAUUCCAAUUCCAUUCGGGGUGGAGUUUCCAUGUUCUUCCCAAGGAAAGUUGUCAGGGUGCGUUCUUUCAGCGGUAAUCACUCUCUCGUCCGCCAUCUUUGAUGAAUCAUGUGAUGUUGUUUACGUUGUACUGCGCAUGCCCCAUUGACUAUUCCAAUUGAUUAUAGCGGCGCAUGUAGACAGGAGAUUUGGAAUAUUCCUUUCCAUGGAUACAUUUUUUUCUGGUACGGGCUGCACGGCGGACGAGUGGUUAGCACACAGACCUCACAGCUAGGGGACCAGGGUUCAAUUCCACCCUCGGCCAUCUCUGUGUGGAGUUUGCAUGUUCUCCCCGUGCAUGUGUGGGGUUUUUCCGGGUACUCCGGUUUCCUCCCACAUUCCAAAAAUUGGCUACAGUAGAUCCUAAAAUAGAAUAAUCUUCUUACCAACGUCUCGGUUGAUGGCCCGAGCGAGGGCCUCCACCGUCAUCCUCUGCUGGAUCUCCACUUCCUGUUUGCUGAUGUUGACUUUUGGCUUCUGAUCCUUCUUUUGACCUUUGAACUGCAGUAGGCUACAAAGUGAGGUCACGUAACCCCCGAUCAUGGGUGGGCGGUGUGCUUGUCCUUGACAACUCACCUGCUUGGAGGCCAGCGCCCUGCACGUGAGCAGGGGGGCGGGGCUUGAAACAGAAAGCAAGGAUGGCGACAGGAAGUUGGAAGCGUACACGAGGCGACGGGCUCCGUGCACCACGGAAGACAUCAUGUUCAUAUCU